AUGUUGCCACUUGGGAAGGUUCUUACCCUUGCGGUCAGCGGCGAUGGUCGGUACUUGGCUUCCGGAGGCCGAGAUCGCCUCAUCAACGUGUGGGAUUGUCGUACCGACACCUUGGUGGAGACAUUCCGUGGCCACCAGGACACGGUGUCCUCUCUCGCGUUCCGGGCCAACAGCCUGGCGCUCUUUUCGGGGUCUCACGAUCGAUGCGUCAAGGUCCGACUAUGGAAAGUGCUGGAGGAUAGCCACCUCGUGUUCCGCCCUGUUGGGGGGGGUAGCAUAGACUGCGUCAGGAUGCUCAACGAGGACUGGUUCACGACGGGGGGUGAAGAUGGGAGUCUCGCGCUUUGGUUCGCCAUGAAGAAGAAACCCGCGGUGCUGGUGCCGGCGGCGCACGGGUACAGCGCGGUGGGCAUCCCGCGGUGGAUUAGUGCAAUCGGCUGCCUCAAGCAGUCGGACCUCGUGGUCAGCGGCUCCAACGACGGGUCGGUCCGAUUGUGGCGUGCGGACGUUGAGGCGAGAUCGCUGGAGCAAGUGGCAUCUGUGCCGCUGGAAGGGUUUGUCAACGGGCUUGCUGUGUCGUCCACUGGCAAGUUCUUGGUAGCAGCGGUAGGGCAAGAGCAUCGACUCGGGCGGUGGGAGCACCAAAAGAAGGCCCGGAACGAAAUAUGUGUGGUGCCGCUCCCUUCCGGGGUGGAAGACGAGGGUGCCGUCGCAAUGGACACCGAGAGCGCGGAGGAAGACCAGGGUGAUAUUGAUGGGGAGGAAGCCGGAUAG